UGUGCACCUGAAUUAAAUAUUUUGUUGUUGUCGGAUCGGCGAAGAGAGGCGAAGGAAUUACUUACUUUUCGAUUUCUUGCGUGGCGCGGAAGUGUUUCUUCUUCCCCCGUUCAGUUUUAUUUUAUUUUAUUUAAUUUUUUUUUCUUCUCAUCUUGAUCCGUUGAUCGCCUUCUCGGUGAUUUUGUGUGCCAGCAUCCGUGUUUUAUUUUUUUUUUGGGGAUUUUUGCAGUCGGCAUCCACUAUUCGAUCGCAAAGGUACCGACCGAGCUGCGUGGUCUUGGCCUUGUCCGUAAACCGAAAACCAAAAACCGAAAUAAAAAAAUAAAUAAUCCACAACAGGGUUUUGUUGACACAUGUAUUUUACAUGUUAUAAAGCCCAUAAAAUGUUUAUAAAUAAAAAGUAAAUACAAAAAACAAAUUAAUUGCGAAAAAACGAGCCAGAGAGAGAGAUACGGCCGAGAGAAAGGCGAGAAAUUUUCCGUGUGGCAGUGACAGUAGCACAGUGCGUGUGUUUUUUCAAAAAUUUCUAAUUGUAUGGGUAAUUGUUGAUCAAUUGUCAUGUGCCGCCUGCAAGAGCACUCACACAUCUACGAUUGCAAAAAAUAAAAACAAAAAACAAUAACACUCAUCAAUGGGAAGCAUUGCAAAAUCAACCAAGUGAAACGGAACCUCAUCAAAUAAGCCACUCAAAAAAAUAUAUUUGAAUCAAAUGCGAGAUUACAGCUCUAAACAGGCAUUCUUAAAAUUCUUCAAGUUGAGAUUACAAAUAAUUCCAUAGAGUACUAGAAACUAACAUGGUCUUGAAACGACUCUGAAUAAGUCACGAAUAAAAUAAUUCAACUGAUUCAGUUAAAGGAGUAAUAAAAUUGAAAAAAAGCAAUUGAGACCCAAGUGCUUCAUAAUUGAGAGAUCUGGGCGUUGGCGAUAGCCAAGAUGAAAGACCUCUGACCCCUAAUGGAAUGUUUAUUUAUUGUCAUUCAUGCCCAGACAUUGGAAAUCAGCAGUCCAGCUCCGAGCACAUAGCCUGACACUUUGAAGAACGGAAUAAUUUCGCAUUGAAGCUUCAGAAUUGAUAUAAAACAGUGAUCAGAAUAGCCUUAAAAGAGCAAAACAAUGAACAAUAUUAACUGAUUUUAUGGAACAAGUAACUCGAGUUUAGUGAAAUAUAUUUAAUCUGUAGACUAAAGCAUACUGGAUCCAUCUAGAUUUGUGGAGACACCUCUGGAAAGCGAGAUUAGGAGGAAGCCAGGAAGCGGCCUAUGCCACCGUUUGAAGAGGAACAGGAUCCGUCAGAGGAGCAUAAACCUCUGAAGCCGCCGCGUCGCAAGAGACCAAUGAAGACUGCCGAGCAGGACGCUGCAGGGACGCAGCCACCUUCCGAGGAGACCGAGGAGGAGCAACUGCUGCCCAACAGGGAGCUGGGUGGCGGUGGCAGUCUCCGCUAUGCCAGGGCCAACUUGAGCCAUAGCAAUCUGCUGUUGAGCCACCAGCAGAGCUCCUUCGACACACCCACCGAACGAACGGCCAGCAGCGAGACCCUGGACAUGCCGCCGAUGUCCCGGCACCGCUACCAGGUGCAGCCCCAAACGAUUCGAACUGGCAUCCAAGGUAGGCCGCAACCUUCUGCCCUGGCCAGUGCUCUGCACGCCACCGCCAAAUUGGCAGCCAGCGUGGAUGCCUACACGGCGGCGGCAACAGCCACACCGGUCGGCGACUAUACCCUCUGCGAUUCGUGUCGUCCGCUGCGCUACAAUCCGAACUGCAGCCACCACUUCCACCACCAGCAACAGCAGCAGCAGCAACAGCUACAACACCAUCACUUACACAAUAUGGGAAAUCUCAGAGCGAGCAGUUUCAUGGGCUCGUCGCGGUAUCUCUACCACAGCCAGUUCAAUUCGAAUUCGCCGCAGUCGAGACGCUUCAACGCUCAGCGAGACAUCUCGCCAGCAUCGGGCUCGGCAUCGGCAUCGGCGAUAUCGGCGGUAGUAGCUCCAACAGCACAACUAGCUUCCAUAGCAUCGCCUCCAUUAGCAGCUCCACUACCACUACCACCACCACCACAGCCAUUUCAGUUGCGCACCUACCAACAAACUCAAUCCUCCCGCUUUCAGCCGCGCGGUCAUCACCGCAUCGCCAGCAGCAGCAUGUCGCAAUCUGGGGAGGAUCUCCAUUCGCCCACCUACCUGUCCUGGCGCAAGUUGCAGCUGAGCCGGGCCAAGCUGAAGGCCUCCAGUAAGACGUCUGCCUUGUUAUCCGGAUUUGCAAUGGUGGCAAUGGUGGAAGUGCAACUGGACGGGAAUACAAAGGUGCCACCCGGCAUGCUGGUGGCGUUCGCCAUCUGCACCACAAUGCUGGUGGCGGUGCACAUGCUGGCCCUGAUGAUCAGCACCUGCAUCCUGCCCAACAUCGAGACUGUCUGCAACCUGCAUAGCAUCUCGCUGGUCCACGAAUCCCCACACGAGAGGCUGCAUUGGUACAUUGAGACGGCAUGGGCCUUCUCGACGCUGCUGGGAUUGAUUCUCUUCCUGCUGGAGAUAGCCAUCCUGUGCUGGGUGAAGUUCUACGAUCUGAGCCCGCCGGCGGCAUGGUCCGCCUGUGUGGUUCUCAUCCCGGUGAUGAUUGUUUUCCUGGCAUUCGCCAUUCACUUUUACCGCUCCCUGGUGACCCACAAGUACGAAGUCACGGUAUCGGGGAUCCGUGAACUGGAAAUCCUCAAGGAGCAGAUGGAACAGGACGCCCUGGAGCACCAGCACAGUACGCGAAACAAUGGGUUGCACUACGGCGCCUCCGGGGAUAUUGUUUAGCAGGCUGGAGUCCUUGCAUAAGGAUCCUUCGUUUUGAAAAAGACAUUGCGGCUCAGGUCAAGCCUCAGACUAAUUAAGUUUGAAAUAAUAUACGAGUAUAGAAAAUUUGUAAUGGAUGCAAAUUGUGAUAAGCAUAAGGCAGUAGAUUUUUAUUACAUAUACGCGAACUGUAUUCUGUAUUCUAUAUCGAUUACGUGUGAAUGGAGUGGAGUGGCGUGAAGUCCUGGUUCUUAAUUUUUACUGCAAUUACUAGGCACUGAUACGAUUAGAAAAUAAUGAAAAUUAAAGACCCAUAAUGAAGCAAUACUUUGGACCCGUGUGUGCGUCCAAUGCAUAUUCCUCAAAAAUUAGCUCAUAAUUCGUAUGUUUUAUAUAUUUUGAUUGUAUUUUAAUUCGUACGCCUUUUGUAAUCCUCUUUGGCCGUCUUCCCCUUAUUCUUUAAGAUCCUUUUAGAGAAUGUAGGCGUCGUAGCGCUGUAACUUAUACAUAAACAUAUAAUUAAACGAUUUUUUAUAAAUUAUA